CGCAAGUUAACAUCAAAGUCGUAGGUGCUUGGAGGAAGAUGGGAAACUCGAAUGUGGGCCGGUUGAAGGGGACGCGGUUUGAGGAAGCUCUGCACAGCUCCAUCAUGGAGCUGCUCCUCUCUGACGGCCCCGCAUCCAGACCGGUCUUCACUCAACUCUACCUGGAGGCUGGAGGGCUGCAUCAUCAACAGGAAGCUGAAUCUGAGGAUAAGGAAGGAGAGGAAGACGAAUGUUUCACGCUCAAAACACCCUCCAUCCCACGGCACCUGAAGCCCUCGUCAGAAGGUCACUGCACCACAGCUGGUUUCUGCCAGUCAGGAAAGGACCUGCGACUGGCUUCCAUCAGCACCAGCCCCCUGGACACUCCGGCUGGGUUUCUCCUAGUGGGAGCCAAGUCCCUUGUUCUACUGGACGACACUCUGGUCUGCGCCGUGGACCGCAGAUUUAUUCCUGAUGAAACCGGACAGAACGCACUCCUAGGCUUCCUUGGUAACUGCGUGGGCUGCGGGCGGGGGGGCUUCCGCUACUUCACCGAGUUCUCCAUCCACAUCAACCUGAAGCCCAGCGGCCAGCCCAUGAAGCAGAAGUACCUGCAGUGUCACCUCCACAGGGAUGCAUGCGGGAGGCUGGUCGCAGGCCCGCCCAUCUGCUGGAGGACUGCGGGUCGGAUGAUGGGGCCCCCCAAAAAGAGGCACAAAGGCUGGCUGACAGAGAGAGCCACCCCCUCCCCAUGACGACCUUCUCCAGAGCACCCCCCAGCGAUGACGAGGUUACGCUGAAACUCAAGCUCCCUGGUCAGAUAAGAAAGAGCAUCACCAUGCAAAAGCUCCUGCACACCAAGAUCUUGAUGGACCUCAUCUCAAGGAGGAAAGCUCCCUAACACCCCAUACGUGUCUGUGUGAUGGUUCAAAAUCAGUCCAGGAUCAUUAUUUCAAGUAAAACGAAAGACACACAUAAAGCAUAGCUGUUGUUCAGUUCAGAUUAAGGUGGAGACACCAAAUUCAGUGUGUUUGUUAGCCUUUGGUUGGUGUUACUUAGACCUGCAACAAUAAAUGCUUCACUGACAGAAGGGCUGGGUCACGUUUUAUGUCAUCAGACAUUUGUCUGCUGCUCAGGGUCGGCUGUUGAACUUAACCAGUGUGAAAUUCCUCUUAAUUUUAAAGUAGAUUUAUUUUAGAA